GUAAGUGACACUGCUUCAACCUACGUGGUUUUCUCCUGCUUUACUGUGCCCCCAAACCGCAUGGUCCAGGGCGCGUCUGAGAUCGCGGCGCUUUGCGUGGGCCUGGUCGGUCUGAUCGGAGCGGCUGCCGCCACCGGGAUGCCCAUGUGGAAGGUGACGGCGUUCAUCGGGGAGAACAUCAUCGUCAUGGAGACGCGCUGGGAGGGCCUGUGGAUGAACUGCUAUCGGCAGGCCAACAUCAGAAUGCAGUGCGAGGUGUACGACUCCCUGUUGUACCUGCCUCCUGACCUACAGGCUGCCAGGGGUUUGAUGUGCUGCUCCGUGGCUCUUUCAGGUCUGGCGUUGCUAGGGGCUCUGGCAGGGAUGCGCUGUAUCUCCUGCAUCCAGGAUAAUGACCACGCCAAGACCUGCAUUCUCAUGGUGGCGGGAAUGAUGCAGUUCCUGGCCUCCCUCUGCGUGUUCAUUCCGGUGUCAUGGACGGCCCACGUGAUCAUCCAGGACUUCUACAACCCUCUCCUGAUCGAUGCCCAGCGCAGAGAGCUGGGGGAGGCGCUCUACAUCGGCUGGGUGACCGGGGCCUUCCUGUUCGCCUCGGGGAUCCUCUUCGUCUGUCGCCACGUGCCCUCUGACAAAGCCUCGCUAGAUAUCUGCCACCCCGCCAACAGGCUCAACAAACCCACCAUGAUGCGGUACCGCCCCAUCUCACAGAGUCACAGCAUAGACGGACGCCAGCUACACAACCGCCAAGAUCUGUCUCCUCCGAACUUUCCUUACGGACCUGGUGGGGUGGUUUUAAACUCUCCGGCUGCUGUGUAUGACUCCAGAAUGGUGGAGAGUAUGGGGCCUUUGGUCUAUCAGCCGUGCAGCCUUGGUGGACAACCUACUUUUUCCUCUCAAAGCUCCAACUACAUCAGUAGCCUUUCCACUCAUGGCAACUCCUCACGGGUCCUUUUACAGAAUCCGUACUCCGGUAAUCAACAGACGAUUGCUCCGUCCACCGCGAACACUGCCAGUCGACAUUCCAGCACGUACUCCUUUAAUCGCCCGGGAAGCACAUCUGCUUCGCACAACACAUCUUUGCGAGCUGUACUUGCAAUCCCGUUUUCAUCAGAUAUGAAAGCUCCACAGCAAAGCCACCACAGUCUUACCACAGUGAUAGCAGUGUGGGUGUGUACAUCUGAAUGGACCUUCAGAUUCUUCAUUUCAUGUUUAUUAUUGUCACAAUCGGAUCUGUGUAUUAGUUUGCAGUGAAGUUAACUGUCUUUUUGGGGCAGGGGGGUUUGUUUAUGUUUAGUGUAUUGGAAGGCUAAAUUGACAUUGCGAAACUUAGCAUUUUAGUUUUUUCAGUGAAGUGAGACGUUGUCAAAUGUUGUCAAUGUAAACACAGGUGAGACUUGUGUUUGUGUCUUAAAUUGCAACCUAUUUUCUAUGUAGCACACUGAUGUCUAUGGAGCUCUGUUUCAAAAGUGGUGUUUAAUUUAAUUACAAUCCUCAAAACUAGGCAACGGAAAAACUUUGAUGUAAGACAUUAGUUUAAUUUACAAUCGACGCGUCAUAAUCCCCAUAAAACCUGAAAGAAAUCCCCACAAACCAAGACGUGUUACUGUUUUUGUCUCGCAUUUCACCCUUCAUUUAUUCCAUAAAAGUUAUGGCUUCAAAAUAAUGCUAUAAAUGAUAAGAUCUGUAACUCGCCAUGACUUUUGCCAAAUAUGAAUUUCAAAAGUGAAAGUGUAAACAUCUUUGCUUCAAUUAGCUCUACAAAAUGAUGUGUUUAUAUUUAGCCAAUAUGGAUUAAAGUCAAAUUGUCCUUUUUAUAUUUAUAGAUAAAUUAAUUGAG